AUGUUGAGGAGUCUGUCAAGCAAACUGCAGCCCGCCAUUGUGUAGAAAGCAGGCACUGUAGAGAAGAUAGGGGCGCUUGGCUAAAACUCUUUAACACCGAGACCUAUUCCACCACUUUCUUUUUUUUUUUUUUUUUAAGGAGUUAAUAAAGUUACACAGGCUUCCGGGGGGGAAAGACAUGUCAGCCAGCAGCCUUCUUCAGCAGAGACCGAAAGGCCAAGCUAAUAAAGUGCAAAACGGAGCUGUGACCCAAAAGGAUACUUUGAAUGACGAUGAGUUUGAGCCUUACCUGAACACUCAGGCCAGACAGAGCAAUGCCUAUACGGCCAUGUCGGACUCGUACAUGCCCAGCUACUACAGCCCCUCCAUAGGAUUUUCCUACUCCCUAAACGAGGCAGCAUGGUCCACAGGUGGGGACCCUCCUAUGCCUUACCUGGCCUCCUAUGGACAGCUAAGCAAUGGGGAGCCCCACUACCUCCCGGACGCUAUGUUUGGCCAGCCAGGCCCCCUGGGGAACAACCCUUUCCUCGGCCAGCAUGGUUUCAACUUCUUCCCCAGUGGCAUCGACUUCUCAGCAUGGGGCAAUAACAGCUCUCAGGGACAGUCGGGGACACCGCAGAGCUCUGGCUACAGCAGCAGCUAUGCCUAUGCUCCUAGCUCGCUUGGAGGUGCUAUGAUCGAUGGACAGUCCCCGUUUCCACCUGCUGCCAAUGAGCCCCUGAACAAGGCACCUGGUAUGAACAGCCUUGACCAGGGCAUGGCAGGGCUUAAGAUCGGCAGCGCUGCUCCUGGUGGUAAUGGGGACAUGGCUCCUAAGGUGGUGGGCUCUGGAUUAUCUGGUGGGGGUCCCCUUGGCCCUGUAUCAUCUGUAGGACCUCCAAUCAUGCCUCCUGUCUCAAUUGCCCCUGCCAAGCCCGCCUCCUGGGCCGAUAUUGCCAGCAAGCCAGCAAAGCCUCAACCCAAGCUGAAAACUAAGGGUGGCAUGGCAGGUGCCAAUUUGCCCCCUCCGCCCAUUAAACACAAUAUGGACAUCGGCACUUGGGACAACAAGGGCACCAUGCCUAAAGCUGCCGCCCCUCAGCAGGUGCCCUCUAUUCCGAGCAAUGGGCAGCCGCCCAACCAGGCUUCCCCACAACCUGGAGCUACUGCAGCAGGGAACCCACAAAUGCCCCUCAGCAAUGGACAGAUGGUGCCGCCUGUUUCCCAGAUGGGGCAGCAUCACCUUCCACCCAGUGGACAACCAGGUAUGGGUCAGAUGCCCCAGCCUCCUCUCUCCCAGGGUCCUACUCCACCAAGCCAACAGCAGCAACCCUCUCAACCUACUCGUUGGGUUCCUCCACGGAAUCGGGCAAAUGGAUUUGGGGAUGGCAGUGGGAAUGGUACAGGCCAGUCUCCUCCCACCUCCUCUGGUGUGGGUGUGGUUCCUGGGGUCCCCUCUGAGCCACAUCCAGUCUUAGAGAAAUUGCGCAUGGUCAACAAUUAUAACCCCAAGGACUUUGACUGGAACCCGAAGGCGGGCAGGGUGUUUAUCAUCAAGAGCUACUCCGAGGAUGACAUCCACCGCUCCAUCAAGUACAACAUCUGGUGCAGCACGGAGCAUGGCAACAAGAGGCUGGACGCUGCUUACCGUUCAUUGGGUGGCAAAGGGCCGCUUUAUCUUCUGUUCAGUGUCAAUGGGAGCGGGCACUUCUGUGGUGUAGCAGAAAUGCGCUCACCCGUGGACUACAACACGUCUGCUGGCGUGUGGUCACAGGACAAGUGGAAGGGUCGUUUCGAUGUGCGCUGGAUCUUCGUUAAGGACGUUCCUAACAGUCAGCUUAGGCACAUUCGGCUGGAGAACAACGAAAAUAAGCCUGUGACCAACUCUCGGGACACACAAGAGGUACCGCUGGACAAAGCCAGGCAGGUGCUAAAGAUCAUCGCUGGAUACAAACACACCACUUCCAUCUUUGAUGACUUUUCUCACUACGAGAAGCGUCAGGAGGAGGAAGAGUGUGUGAAAAAGGUGGAAGUCCAAGGCAGUGAGCCAUAUCCCAGCAACCCAAGCAACAGGAGUCAUUACAGGCUUCAGGAGCGCCAAGGACGGGUCAAGUAACAGUUGGUGCUUUGGUCAAAAGGACUGCAAUGGCCCACCCCUAAAGCCCUAUCCACCCCAUCAUUACAUCAUUACAUCCAGAUCUCUAAGAAAUUCUAAUAGGGGUGAAGAAUUAACCAAGGACAAAAAAAAAACUAAAUGAAGACUUUCUUGAUUUCUUUUGACUUUAAAGACUUACUUCGAACUUGUAGUAAAAAGAAAAGGAAACAAUUAUCCAUAGGACUACGACUAAAUGCAUAGCAUCCUUAGGUGAAAUCUUUUUUGCCCCACCCCCCCCAUUCCACUACAUACCCUCUCCCCCCCCUUGUAUGCUGCUUUUUCCUUUCUUUUUUUUUUUUUUAAAUGAAAGGAUCAUCCUCUGUUUUUACGGUCCAAGAGCAAGCCUGCUUUUUCUCACACAAAAAAAAACCACACAAAAUCCAAUAGAAAUGUGUAGUGUUGGCUGAAUAUAGUGUCCCAAAGUCGAAAAUGGGCAGUUUGUCUCAUUUUCUUUGUACACCCCACCCCUUCCCCCUCUCUCACCACGCUUGUCUUUCUGAGGAUUGCGCCACAUCUUCACCCAGGACUCAGUGGAGUGUCCUCGACGGAGUUUUCAUCUUCUGCAACGAUCCCGACUCCCGAGUCUGUUCUGUACAUGCUCGUCAUGUUUUGUUUGAGAAGACUGCAGGUGUUCACAAUGGCCCUCUUGUUUUUGUUUUUUUCUCUCUUCCAUGUAUUGGGCUGAGUUUUUGGUGAAGGCAGAUCUUGGAGAGGGAGAGUAGUGAAGGAGGGCGGGGAGGGAAGAGUGUGAAAGGGAAAGAAAUGUUAAGUUGAUGAGCCGUGCUCUGUGUUUAAUUUUACGGUCUAAAAAAAAGAAAUUGGGGCCCUCUGUUAACAGUCUUCAUUGGACUUUAUUUACCCUCUGUUCCUUUCUCUUGGACAAGUUAAAAUCAUCAUUGCUUUGGGCUGCUUUCUUGUGUUUUUGUUUUUUCCUCCUUUCCUCAGUUUUCUAAAGACAGUGAUGCGAGUGGCCUUGCCCCCACUCUUUCUAUUAAUCAGUUCAAAAGUAAUAAAUGUGGUAUAUUCAGCAGAUCUGGUGUGCAUUCCCCUUGUUUGACUGUAAUGAAAUGUGUCACGCAGUGUUGUCUGUACACUCUUCUCAUCCGGUUUGUUCCUUCCCCAGACAGGUUUAGGGGAAUGAUUGUUCGUCUGCUUACCUUCAGACUCGACCCGUCCGCUCUCUUCUCCUGCGCCACUGUACCCUGCUUUUUUUAAUUUUUAUUUUUUUUAAUGUCCUCUGCUUUUCACGUCUUCUUCGCUCUCAUUACCCAUCUCUUGACUGCUCAGCCAACUUUACGUACUAUAUCACAAUCAGCUUCCACCACUUCCAGAAUGUCAAUGUUGGUGAGUUACAAACAAACAAACAAACAAACAAAAAAACACAAGGUCCUCUUUCAGAACUACUGGCUUUUAUUUGUGGCAUAAUAAAGAUGCUCCACAAA